AUGAGCACACCGGACCCGGUGGGCGUCUACGGCCCGCGAUAUAGCGAGCUGUCCCCCGGGUCCCGGCUCCAGACCUCGACGGACAGCUGGCCCGCCGCUCCUGCUGAAGCUCCAAGUCCAGGGACGAUGUCUCCAGGCGCCGGCUGUCUCCUCCUUCUGGCGGUGCUGGUCUCGACCACGGAGUGCAGGCCCUACUCCUUCCUGGACCUCUUAUUCCCGUCGCAGAGCUACAACGGGCCUCGGCAGACCAGGGGGCAGGCCUCCACGGACUACGGCACGAGGCAGUCCUAUACUGACUACGGCGCCAGGCAGUCAUACACGGACUACGGCACGAGGCAGUCCUACACGGACUACGGCGCCAGGCAGCCACGACAGACAUACGGCAGCUCUGCGAGCCAGCUCAUAGACAGCAUCUUCCAGGUGCCCAUCCAGACGCUGGGCUCGGUGGGGCAGCUGGUGAAGGCCACGGCCGAGCUGCCCUCCCUCCAGAGGCGCCGCGAGCAGAGGCUGGAGUCCCGGCGCAGACCGCGGAACCGCGACUUCCUGAGCCCCGCGGCGCAGACCGCCGACCUGCCCGUCGCGGCCGACGGCUCCAGCUACAAGAUAUGAGCCGCGGCUCAUGAGUCACUGCGAGGCGCUACAAGAUAUGAGCCCCGGCUCAUGACGGACUGCGAGGCGCCGUGCUGGUCCUUCCACUAUCCCAGGGAGAUGAGACACUUAUUAAGUAAACAGAUUCUCCAAUUCUUCUAGAGACCUGCAGCAUGUGUGUUCUUUGAAUAUGCAUGGAGUUUUAAGACGAAAACAAAUUUCGAAAUACAAUAAAAAUUAUUGUAUUCCCUAAUUAAAAAUUACGUCUUCAAAAUAAAUGUUAUUUAGGAGAAAAAAAUACGUAAAGUUAGAAAAAUAUGGUAGUCAUUCUACUAAUAAAACAAGAAAACCUAAUCUAUUUUGAUUAAAUAAUUAAUGAAAUAGAACAUGACACGGGCGAGUGCAGUGGUAGAGUGCAGAGCGCAGGUAGAGGACAUGCCCGUGGCAGCGCCGUGAGCUUGUAGAGCCGUGACGUCACGUGAAGAGCCCCAUGCGCGCCCAGAGGUAGCUAGAGGCAUCGCUAACAUUCCAGCGCCGGGACUACUUGCUGGUCACAGGACUGGCGCAGAGCCUCUCUUUCCCUGAUAGUCAGGCAACUGGAAAUACUUGCGUGUACGGCGGGUGGUAUGCAUUCAGGGGUUACCAUGUUACAAAUUCGGGAAGAACGAUUAGUGUAGUGGGCUGCAAAUUUUCACCCGCAACAAAGUUUAUAUAUUUACGCGUCUGGAAAGUGCAGUAUUUUAUAAUUUAUUAUUUCUGUUUUACAAUUUUUUUUAUUUUAAAUAUCAACCAAAAUUUAAUGACUUAUUGGAUUUCAAAACCAAUAAUAAAAUAAAAAUUAGUAUUCAUCAGCUGUCUAAACUAAAAAGAAUGUUUAAAAAGUUACAUCUGGAAAGAUUCCUUUUAUUCGUGUGAGGCGUGAUGUGUACAAUUUCAAGGUAGCCUUUACUAACUAUAUCUUGUAAACUAGCUGACAAACAAUUUUUUCUUGAAUCUUACGAGAGAAAAAAAAUGUAUUGCAUUUUUCAAUACAUUAAAGAUCCAGUUAACAAGAUAUUUAUAUUUUGUGUUUCCAUUGUUAUUAAAAGCAACACUUAAAACUUCAUACUGCUCCAGAUCUUUUAAAUUUAAUGGCAAAUCUUUUAGAACCGCCCUCCUUGUCUCUGCAAGUUCCUACAGCUCUGGCCCCACCUGCUCGUGCGCAUAGCUUUAGAAGAAACAAUGUGAUUGGAAAACUGUUCAAGGUAUCCGAGCUGUGUCUACUUACGAAAAGCAUUUAAGAGUUCUUGAUAUAAGCUUUUGGACAUACGCCAUUGCUAAUCACUUUUUCUGUAGAAGAAAACUAAAAAAUACCCAAAAGACAAAGACACAAAUUAAGCAAAAAAUGGCUGUUGCCAACAGGAUAUAAACACCACAUAAUAUUCCAUAACAGGAAUAUGGUCAACAAAGAAAAACAAAGAAAAAUGGACUAAGAGAACGAAAAAAAAAA